UCUCCCUUAAAAAAAGAGAGAUAAAGAUCACCACCAUCAUCGUCAUCCCCCCCUUGAAAAACACAGACUCUCCAAAUGCUCUCUCUCUAACUCACAGCCCACAACCAUGUCCUUCUUCACACUACUCCUCUCAUGGGCUCUCCUCACCAUCCUUCUCUCUCUACCCCUUUCUCUCUCCUCUUCCUCCAUCCACGACCUCCUCCGCUCGCAGGGCCUGCCAGCUGGUCUUCUCCCGAAGGAGGUCAAGUCCUACUCACUCUCCGACGACGGCUUCCUCCAAGUCUUCCUCGACGCUCCGUGCCUCACAAAAUUCGAGAACCGGGUUUUCUUUGACAGCGUCGUUAGGGCCAACCUCAGCUACGGAAGUCUCAUCGGAGUUGAGGGUUUGACUCAGGAAGAGCUCUUUCUGUGGCUGCCGGUGAAGGACAUCAUCGUUGAUGAUCCGGGAUCAGGUCUCAUACUUUUCGACAUUGGAGUCGCUCAUAAACAGCUUUCUCUGUCGCUCUUUGAAGAUCCUCCUUCCUGUAAACCCUCAGGUGUAUUGAAGAAUCAUGUGAAGAUGCUGAAAAAACGGUUUGAAGCUCUGAGAUAGGGAGAUGCCUACUUGUUACAACUUUGUCCUUUUCUAUAAUGAAGCAAAUUUAGUAUAGAUUAGUCUUCUAAUUAAUUAAUGGUAUAAGUAAUAUGUAAUUAGGUGGAGGCUAGUUUGAUGAGAUUAAUUAGGAGAGUAUAUUAAGAGGACAAGGAGGAGUAUGCAAAGAUGUUAACUCCAGGGAAGAAUCUGAUGCCCUCAUCAUAUUAGCGGUUCUAAUCUUCUAACCUUUGUUAAUGCCUUUGAUUCUCACCUGUUCCCUAAUCUGUCUUAUGUUUAAGCAAAGCAAGGGAUCAAACUUCUUUUUAUUAUUCUCUACUAUUAAAUUUUCAA